GUAAACUCAAAAUUCAGUCAUUUUUAACAACGCUAUCGUUUGACAGAGUUCUCUCUUAAUUUUUUGUUUAGAAAAUAAAAGAAAAAUUAUUUGGUAAUGGAUGGACAGAACACCACAGACAAUGAUAAUUGUGACUCUGAAGAUGUUCCUAAAUGGAUAAAUAAGGAUUAUCUUGAGUUAGUUUUGAAGGAUUACUUUAAAGAUAAUUUGAUAAAAAUUUUAGAUUUUUAUACAAAAUUAGCAACAAAAAAAGGUGAAAACUAUGCAAGUUUAGUAAUUCGUGUUGUUAUUGAAUAUGAAAAUAAAAAUUUAAAAUAUAAUAUUGGAAAAUAUAUAAUAAAAUCAUCAAUUGAAGAUGAUCCAAUAACAAAAAAAGUAAUUAAAGAAUAUCAAGCUUUUGAAGAUGAAAUGCUAAUGUAUGGUGAAGCAUUACCAAAAAUUCAAGAAUUAAUGAAUACUCAAAAUAAUCUUCAAGAAAUUUCUGUUUUCCCAAAACCAAUUUAUUGUGAUUUCAAAAAUAAUGCUAUAAUUUUAGAAGAUCUUUUACAACGAGGUUACAAAGGUGCAGAUCGUCUAAAAGGUCUAGAUGAACAACAUGCUAAAUUAGCAUUAAAAAAAUUAGCUAUAUUUCAUGCAUGUUCUAUUAUACUUGAUCAACAAGAUCCAGGAUGUUUUAAGAAAUUUGAUCAUGGUAUUUACAAUCGGCAUUCUGAUGGACUAAAUACAUUUUUUUGUAGCUCACUGCAUAAAAUCUGUACAACCUUACAUAAUUUUGGUGACGAAUUUAUAAAUUAUUCAAAGAAAAUAAGGAAUUUAAUUCCACAUUGGGUUGAAAAAGAACGUCAAUGUUAUGAUCCAAAACCAAAUCAAUUAAAUGUAUUGGCGCAUGGUGAUUUUUGGUCUACAAAUAUAAUGUUUAAAUAUGAUGAAUUUGAUCAAGAUGAUGAAUCUAGAAAACCAUUGGAUGCUAUUUUAAUUGAUUUUCAAUUUAGUAUUUGGGCUUCACCAGCAAUAGAUUUGCAUUAUUUUUUUAAUACUUCUUUGGCUGGUUUACCAAAUAUUGAUGAAAUGGAAAAUUAUGUUAAAUAUUAUUAUCAUGAAUUAUUGGAAACAUUGAAAUUAUUCGAGUUUAAAGAAUAUUCUAAAAUUCCAAAUUUUAAAGAAUUUCUUCAAGAAUUUUGGGAAAAUGGAUUUCAUGCACUUCAAACAGCAUUUAUUCAUAAAUCAAUAGCUUUCUUGGAAGAUAGCAGUGUCGCAUGUCCUGAAGCUUUAUUUUGUGAAGGUGAUAAAAUGGAAAACUUUGAAUGGGCAAUGAUAAAUAAUAAACGUAUUCAAGAGCAUUGGAAAAUUUUAUUACCGUGUUUCGAAAGAAAAGGUUUAUUUGACUUAUAAUUAAAUAAACAUAAAAAAAACUGUGUAAAUAUAUUUGUAAAAAAAAUAUCAAUAGAAGAACCAAAUUUAUUUACUUUAAAAAAUAAUCUUACUAUAAUCAUAUAUGUAUAUAUAUAACAAUUAAGUUUACACCUGCAUGGAAAUACUAUUUACUAUACUUAUUUAACAAUUUAAUCAUCUUGUUGUAUAAUAUGUGCAUAUGAUUUUAAUUAUAAAAAUAUACAACAAAAUAUUGCACAAAAAGAGAGAGAGAGUGUUCUAAUUCUCAAAUUCAAUUAAAUUUUUCAAAAAUUAUAUUUUAUAAAUUAU